ACCAACAAGAGAGCCCUCUCUCAGAGACCCCUCUCUCUCUGUCUCUCUCUCUCUCUCUCGCAUAGUCCUUCGUUUCUUUAUGAGUUAUUUCGUUCUUGAAUCAAGUUAGAUCCGUACAACUCAAUUAUCGGAGAAAAAAGAAAGCAAGAACUGGAUUCGUACAAUUCAAUCAUCGGAGAAAAAAGAAAGCGGGAGGCAUAGGCAUGUAUAAUAUAUAGAGAGAGAAACUGAAUUUUAGAGAGAGAGAGAGAGAGAGAGAGAGAGACUCAAAUGGAGCAGGACACUCGUGUAUAUAUAUAAAGAGAGAAAGUGAGUUUUAGAGAGAGAGAGAGAGAGAGAGACUCAAAUGGAACAGGAUACUCAUGUUCUGGAGAUCAACUUAAUCUCUGCUCAGGGUCUGAAGGCGCCGACCGCUAACCUACGCCGGAUGCAGACCUACGCAUUAGCCUGGGUCAACCCCUCUACCAAGAUCCGGUCUCGCGUCGACAGAGUUGGUGGCGAAAACCCUACCUGGAAUGACAAGUUCCUCUUUCGAGUCAGCUCCGGUUUCCUCUCCAGCGAGACCUCCGCCGUCUCCAUCGAGAUCUAUGCCGUCGGUUACAUCAAAGAUCCUAUCGUCGGCUCCGUCAGGCUCCUCGUCAGCAGCUGCGUCUCCGCCGCCUCCGGCAGCGGGAUCGGCAUCCCGGCCUUCACCGCCGUCCAGAUCCGACGCCCCUCCGGCCGAUUCCACGGCGUUCUCAACAUCGCCGUGACGCUAUUCGACGGCGGGGAAUUCGCUGCGUUCUCUGGCAUGUCCGCCGUAUGUUUCCGUGAACUGAUGGGGAAGAAUCGCCACCACCAGCGACAGCUCAGCCGCGGAGAAUCCAAGAAGAGCCAGCAGUCCUCGGGUGGGGAAUCUUGUGAGUUCUCGUGCGGGGAGUCGGCUGAUUACUCGGACGGCGCUGAUUCGACGACUUCGUCCUCGUCAGCCACAUCAACGGCACUGAAGGAGUGGAAUGGUGAGAGGACGGAGAUGGCGGGAAAGAAAGAGUCGAAAUCCGACGCUGGAGGAUUGCUGUGUGGAUUGACGCUUCAGAGGAAAAUUCAUUUGUGUCCGUCCGAUCCAAAAUUCCAGUUUUUGGCAGCGUCAAUGGGAAAGAAGAAGAUGGACGGUGGAGAUCCCUUUGUUUAACAAGGAUGAUCAACGUUUGAGAUCCGAACUUCCAGGAAUUCAUCAUUGUUGGGUGACAGUAGUUUUUGAUGAACGGUCGAUAUCAUCUCGAUAAGCAGAGUUCAUGUACACUUGAUCCUCCCUCCCACACUUUCUUAGCUGUACUGCAUUUUAUUGUUUUUUUUUUUUAUAGAGGAGUUUUGAAAUUCAGUUAGCCGUUAGCAGUCCAUUCAGUUGAAGUGGAGUUAGAAUUGGAUGGACACAUCAUUAGAAUUGUUAUUUGGGCAUUUACUUAAUAUCCUCCUAUUGUAGCUUGUCCAAAAGUUUGGUUCUUAAAAUGGGGGGGUUUGCUCUUUUUUUGUGGUCCUAUGAAACUUUAUGGUCCUAAAAGUAAGGUUCAAUGCCAUGAAUACAAAUUCCCUUCUACAUGUAUAAUUAUGGGA